ACCUACGAUGGCUGCCGCCAGCAUGAGCUAUCAUUAUAGGGAGCCCAAAUCCCCAUUUAGACGGAAAACAAUGCCUUUUAAAUCAUACUGGACUUUCGCUUUUCUUAUUUGUAAUGCAGCAUGGUGUUUUGCCGAAGAUGAACAUGAAAUGGAGGAGUUUUUGAAGCGGGAGUAUUCCCUUUCCAAGCCUUACCAAGGUGUGGGAUCCGCAGGCUCCUCCCACUGGGAGCUGAUGGGUGAUGCCAUGGUAACCACCGACCAGGUGCGCCUCACCCCUGACAAGCAGAGCAAGCAGGGGGCAGUGUGGGGCCGCCUGCCUUGCCAUCUGACAGACUGGGAGAUGCAGGUGCACUUUAAGAUUCAUGGACAAGGAAAGAAGAACCUGAAUGGUGACGGGCUGGCCAUUUGGUACACUAAGGAACGUAUGCAGAAAGGUCCUGUUUUUGGAAAUAUGGACAACUUCACUGGCUUGGGUGUGUUCGUGGACACUUAUCCCAAUGAGGAGAAACACCUGGAGGCGCAGAAGAAAAGAUAUACUCCUCGCACUCAGAGGAUCUUCCCCUUCGUUCUGGCCAUGGUUGGGAACGGCAGCAUUAGCUACGACCACGAGCGUGACGGCCGCCCCACAGAGCUGGGGGGGUGCAACGCCAUGGUGCGCAACCUCAAACAGGACACCUUCCUCUUCAUCCGAUACGUCCGCCGCAGGCUCACAGUGAUGAUAGACAUCGAUGGGCAACAUGAGUGGAGGGACUGCUUGGACAUACCCGGGGUCCGGCUUCCCAAAGGAUAUUAUUUUGGAGCAUCAUCCGUCACUGGAGACCUCUCAGAUAACCAUGAUAUCAUUUCCCUGAAACUCUACCAGCUGACGGUGUUUCGGAAUCAACAGGAAGAGGAAGAGGAGGAAGAGGAGAUAACCAUCCCCAGUGUGGAUAACUUUGAAUUUCUUAAAUUCGGUCUGGUUGAUGAAGGGAUGAGUGGAAUAGCCAUUUUCUUCGCUGUGCUCUUCUCCAUGCUGGGCCUCAUCUUCCUCAUCGUCAUCGGCCUGGUGGUCUACAGCCACUGGAAGGAGAACCGACGCAAGCGCUUCUACUGAGAGGGACUGUGACAAAAACAAAGAUGGAGGUGGUGAUAGUGAAGACUACUGAGGUCUGAGGACCCAAACCGCACUGAGACGCUGCUGUCGGAGUGCAGCACGUUGUGUUUACCUGAGAAAAAACACUAUAUCGACAGGAGACGGAGUAGAUGUAUCACCUGCUACUCAAAGCCAUCGUCCAACUUUGCCAUUGGUCGUUAUGAAGCAGUAGGAAGAAUUUAUUUCUGUCCUCCGCCCGUCUGACACACACCAGCUCGGCCUUACCAUCUCUGCCUCUCUACCUGUUACUCAGCAUACGUGCAGUGUGACAUCCCCGUUUGCUGUAGUUGACAAAUAGGUAUUUCUGAGAUUUGUUCUUGUGUUUGUUUUUUUUUCCACUGACUUUUAUGGUUUUCAGAUAUGAUAUAUAAGUAUCCAAUGUUUUCCAAUCUACAGUAUGACUUGAAGCGCUAACCAAAUAGCACUAAAGACUAUUUAGGCCAUCCGUACUGUAGCUACAUGCUAACAUGAGAUUCAUUUGUAUUCAAUCAUUUGGAGUAUAUACUAUAUAGUAUGCUGUAUAUUCUAGUAGUAGUUUGCAUGGCUUUCAUUUAGGUUGUUAGUUAUGAGCUGUUGCACAUCAUUGUUUACAGUAUGCCUGACCUUUUGAUGUGUUUAUGUAAAGCGUAUGGAAAUCCGGCCUGUUUAAUUGAUGCAUGUGGCAAAUAUUUGGCUGUUUCAAUUAAAUAUUUAGUCUGGAUUUUUAUUUUUAUUUAAUAAAAAAAAAGAUUUAGAUUAUUUAUUUUUCAUUUCCCAAGAUUUUAUUGUAGUCCCAAAAGAUUAGAGCAAACUCCUCUAAAUAUAUUUAAAACAAAUUAAUUUAAAUGUUGGAUGUGGACUUUGCACUGAAGAGAUUUUUAAUAUUAAUAGACACAAAAUUAUUUAUUAUAUAACUAUUUUCCUUUUUGCUGAGAAUUUUCUUUGCACAUUGUACACGAAUAUUCAUUUGUUUGUUUUUAACACUACCACUGUGCUUCUGUCAUACCUCAAAUGCUCUUAGGAAGAACGAGUAAACAUGCUGGCUCUGGAGGGAGCUGUUGCUCAGCGUUUGUUAAGUUCUGGAAAUGUUUGCAGGCCUCAUGUCAACAUCAUAUAUCUUUCAUGUGUUGCUUUGUUUUCAGUUGUGCAAUAAGUGAGGACUUCCUUAUUUCAUGUAGCCACUUUGACAACCACCCAACCUUAUUUAUAGUGUGUUUGUUUUGUAUGACAACCGUGCCUCAUGUUUCCUCUGUUACCCACGUGUUACAUUUUUAACCAAUGUCCUGAACUAUUUCUAUUUCCUCAUUAAAGACCAACAAAUAACUACA